AUGGCUACAGCAACAGCUACGGACACCAAUUCGCCCUCCAACGGCAUCACCGUCAACGGCACCAACGGCCAAUUUCUCUGCCUCACCAUCUGCGGCUAUCGCAAGCCCGGCAUGAGCGAGGAGGCAUACCGGCACCAUAUGACACAGAUCUCGGCGCCCUUGACCAAGGACCUGAUGGUCAAGUACGGGGUGGUGCGGUGGACGCAAAUCCACAACACGACUGAGAGCCGGGCGCUGAUGGCGCAACUGUACGACCACCAGAUGGCCAAUGUGGCCGACUUCGACUGCUUCAGCCAGGUGGUGUUCCGGGACCUGGAAGACUACAAGCGCAUGAAGCAGGAUCCUUGGUAUCAAGAACAUUUGGUGGGGGACCACGAGAAGUUUGCUGAUACGAAGCGGAGCAGCAUGACGAUUGGAUGGAUUUCGGAAUAUGUCAGAGAAGGGAAGGUUGUAGAUGGGUUUAAGGAUGUGUGA